CAGACGAAGUUAAUUCUGUUUUUUUUUUCCUCUCCCCCUCGAGACCAAUUGUAGGGUUUUGACAAAAAUCUCAAAAUUGCAAAGAAAUCCAAGCCAAAACCUACCCUGUCUGAUUAAGAAAACCACAAGAACUCUUCUCUUUCUCACUUUCUGCACAUUAACAAUGACAGACGGUUACUGGAAUCGGCAACAGCCUUCCAAUGUCCCUUCCAGCGGCAUGCUAAAACGACCUCGUUCCGACUACGAUAUGCCUUCGAGCUAUGAGAUGCAGAACUAUUAUCCGCGAGAUGUUGAUGAUGAUCGCACCAGGUAUGAAACUGUCAAGGACAGCAAGUCUAUAGGAUCAGCAUAUGACCGCUACCUUCAGAAUGCGCAAGCUCCUACUUUUGCUUCUAGAGAAGCCAGUGCAUUGGGAGGAGCUGGGUUUGGAAGGGGUAUUGGUGGUGGAAUGAGUGGUCUUCCGAUAGCUGAUUCUGCUGUAAUGACUCGCCCUCGGUCUGCUGGUCUGGACCUGGCAUCGAAUGGUAGAGAUGUUGGUUUUGUUCGUCAGCGACCAGAGGAUAGAAUUGCUAGGUCAGAUCGUGAAAUGGCACAUCUACCUCCAGAUGCUUCCAACACUUUAUAUGUUGAAGGAUUUCCUCCUGACUGCUCAAGGAGGGAAGUAGCUCAUAUAUUUCGACCUUUUGUGGGAUAUAAAGAAGUUAGACUUGUGAGCAAAGAAGCAAGACAACGUGGUGGAGAUCCUAUCAUCCUUUGUUUUGUUGAUUUUGUAAAUCCAGAAUGUGCAGCAACUGCGAUGAGUGCCUUGCAAGGUUAUAAAGUUGAUGAACAUGAUCCUGAUUCUAGGUAUUUGAGGCUGCAGUUUUCUCGACACCCAGGCCCAAGAUCUGGCCCUAUAAGCCGUGGAAGGAGGUGAAAAUCCUUGUUGCAGGAACACCUAGCUUUCAAUGCAAAACAGUUUCUCAGUUUGCAUUCAUCCCACCUUUUCAGAGUGUUUAUUUAACAAUCUAUAAUCUAGAACUUGCAAAGCUAGAUUGCUCAUCCUGGCUGUACUAGUUAUGUAUAAUCUUGAUCUACCAAAAUAAUGAGGGUUCAAUUAAUUGCAGGAAAUGACUUGGUAGUUUACCGAUUUUAUUUAGCAGAAAAUGUUGUGUGAUGAUUGUUGAAUCUCAAGUCAUUUACCUUUGGUGUUGGGAGUUA